UUUCUUUUGUGACUCUCAUUAUCGUAAAAAACUUACAACGCGCACAAAGGAAUCGAUCAGAACCUGCCUCAUUCAUUCAGAGCUGCAUGUAAGCAACUUAGAACAUUUCUAACGUCCUUCAUGGUGGAUACCAUGAUCUAAGAGAGUACGUUACACUCUUAAAAGAAAAAGAAAUAAUUACUCUCGAGGAUUUAUAGCGAAGACAGAACCUGUUGAAAUACGCGUGAGUUUCAUUUAAGAUGAAAUCUCCCGGUUUCGGUAUUAGCUCAAUUCCAUUGGUAUCGAAAGCCUGUAAAAUCUUCAAGCUGAACAAAAAUGCCACGAUAGCAAAUCAAGGCUUUAAAAGGGUCUCUUCGCCUAAUGAUGUGUACCAGGACAUUUGUACGCCUCACAACAAGGAUCAAGAAACGGGAUUUAGUUGGAGGAAUACCCUAGCGAGAUGGCAAAGGAACACAGAAAGCGCGGGAGAACGAGCACGCUCGCCGAGAACUUCUGUCAGAAUUUAUGAGAACCCAUGGGGAAGACAAAAUACAAGAGACAACACGACAAAUGUGGGCAACGAAGAGAUAGAAAAAGGCAACGGAGACGAAGGCGUUCUUACCCUAGAGAUGAUAAAGCCCAGUAAUGGCUACCUCGGUCUGGUGUUGGUCGGAGGAGCUGAUUCACCACUAAAAAACCACUACGUCAGCGAUAUCUUACCCAACUCCUGCGCAUCCAAAUGUAACUGCGUACGAAUUGGAGACGAGCUACUCGAAGUAAACGGUCACAAACUGAGCGGGCGCACGCAUGCCGACGCACUCACGAUCUUUCGAUCCCUUCCCUCAGUAAUCAAACUCGUAGUCUUCAGAAAUAAAGACGGGAAUAAGACUUUGCUUGGGUCACUCCGAAAACCACCCGAAGACGUCGCGAAUCGACCCGAAGGCGACCCGAACAUUACGUCUCCCCAAAAGCGCUCAGCUCGUAAACGCAGUAUCAUGGAAACGACGACAGAGACGAGCAUAACAUCAAACGCGACUACAGUCAUCGAGGUAUUGAAGUCGCCAAACCCGUUUAUGCGCCCCGCCAAGCAGGUUAGACGGGUUUCCCGAUGUUCGUCGUUCCUCGGUGCCAGGCUGAAGGAGGAGGAAGAGGAUGUGUCGAGCAUGCGCAGUGGUGACGCUGAGGAGAGCGUGUUUGAUAGAGGGAGCGUGCUGGAUUGCGACGACUCUUUGAGCUUCAUCAGCAACACAUCAGAGUGGUGCGCGCAACAGCUAAAAACAACAUUACAAGAGCGAGGACCGCUAAGUCCAUCCUGCCGCCGAAACUCGUGCAUCUCAUUAAAAAGUCUCGCAGAGUCCCUCCCAGGAACCAUCAACGAAAGCGUCUGCGCAAAAGGCCCCUUCAACGACAGGUGGUCCUCAGAUGAGUACGAUUCGAUGUCCUGCAAGUCUCAGUACCCCCGUGACGGUUCCUUGAGGGUACGCAGCCCCCCACUGAUUGAGGACCCUCGGGAGACUUCCAAUGAGGAUCAACCGCAAACCCCAGUAAUUCUGCGCAAAGGCUCACUUCGUGCAAGAGGAGGUCUGAGCCUGCGACGUAUUAGCGGUAUAGGAAACCAAGAAGUCCCAGCAACCUGGCCUGCUACGGUUAAACAGAGGCAACGGUCCUCCAUCAACUGGGACACUUUUAUGCCCCCAAAAGAAAGUCCACUUCAAAGAAGCCGCUCGUUUUCCAAUAGGUCCUCAUCUAAGCACACGAUAUUUGUCCCUCCGUCUCACCCACCUGUUAAAAAUGGGCCAGAUGCCAACGAGAAAGAAAGGUCAAAUCGGACUAAGGUUCAGAGAACAAAUAGCGGACGAUAUAUCACCGAGAGAAAGACCAUUACUACUGAGGUAGUUAAGGACAACAGAACUGGGGAGUGGGGCUUUAUCAUCGGAGGGGGAAUGUGCUCCCCAUACGGGAACUUACCCAUUCACAUCCUGGACAUUCAAAACCCGGGAAUAUCCGGCGUACUGAGGAAAGGCGAUGAAAUUAUUGAUUUUAAUGGAGACAACUUUGAAGACGUCACUUACUUAGAAGCUGACCGUGUAAUACGACAGUACGAAGGCACGAAAGCGAGGCUGAUUAUUAAGCGAAAACACGUAACGCGAAAUAGAUUACAAAUGGCAAACACUUUUGGGAAUGUCUGGAGCGCGCAUGCGCGUGGGACAAAAAUAUCGCGGGCUCGUCCGGGAUCUUUCUACUACUGAAAAUUUAACCUGACAUUUACUUGAAAUUAUUCGCUUUUUAAUUUUCAUUGUUUUUUUAGUAGGCACAAUCCACAUUAUCUGACUGUGUUCAUUUUUUAGUGGCAAUGUAUUUGAACAUUUAAAAUCAAAUUAAAACUUAUUUUGAGGCUGAA